CUUCAUCCUCUGCUUCUGAAAGAAAAGAGCAACAACAACCAGCAGCAGCUCUUCGAGGCUCCGGAGCCUCCGAGUGUCUCCGGCCGCUUGUCCAGGCUGCAGCCGGCGACGGAGCAGCGGAGACGCAGCCAUGGAGACGGAUGGAGAGCAGAACCAGCAGGGGGCCUCGACCAAUGGGAGCGCUGCGUCCGGGACCGCCACCACCACCACCUCCCGCCCCUCUCCCAUGAACUCCAUGUCUCUGUAUGAACGGCAGGCGGUGCAGGCGCUGCAGGCGUUGCAGCGGCAGCCGAACGCAGCUCAGUACUUCCAGCAGCUGAUGCUGCAGCAGCAGAUCAACAACGCCCAGCUGCAGAACCUGGCCGCCGUGCAGCAGGCGACUCUGGCUGCCAGUCGUCAGUCGAGUCCCUCCAGCGGAAGCUCGUCUCAGACCAGCAGCUCCACAUCUGCUAGUGUAUCAUCUGGAACGGGGUCCACGACCAGCAGCCGUCCAAUGGGAGGUUCAGCAACAUCGGUCCUUCUGAGCGGGACGGCAGCAGGACAGGGACAAAUGUACCUGAGGGUCAACCGCUCCCUGAGGACGCCCAUCUCCUCCCAGCUCAUCUUCAUGCCCGGCAGCUCAGCAACGGCUGCUGUGGCCACCGUCACCACGCAGCAGCCGCCUGAGGCCACGACCACCUCCCCCUCCAGCAGCCAGGCAGACAGUGACCAGGUGCAGAAUCUGGCCAUGAGAGGCGUGACCAGUCCUAAAGGUGUGAAGACUGAAGCUCCAGAGAGGAGUGACUCAGCGGCCUUCUCUCUGGUCCAGCCCUCCCACCAGUGCACCGCCCAGUCACCCUCCAAGCCCAGCCAGCCUCAGCCCCAGCCCCCCCACAUCAAGAUCCCCACGUACCCCCAGCCCACCAACCUCAAAGCCCACCCCGCCUCCUCCGGAGCGUCCUCCUCCUCUUCCUCCACCUCCUCCAUCCCGCUCUCCCAGCUCCUGCUUCAUGGGACCCGGACCCUCGCCACUGGUACCACAGCUCCCACAGCAGCGCACACACUGGUCCUCGCGUCCAACGCGGCGUCUCAUCACCACGGGUACCCGGUGGGCACGGCCACCAUCAAGCCGGCGGUCAGCGCUCAGACUCUGGUGGUGCAGCCGCUGCAGAAGAGCUCGCUCGGCGCUGAGAAGCCAGGCCACGGCACCGGGCCCAUCCCGAUCCAACCCAAGACUCUGCAGGGCCUGCGUCUGCCCCUCCACCUGCCCUCCAGGAACCCCCCGCCCAUCCUCCCUGCCCCGCCUCCAGUCAGCAGCUCCGCCCAGCCUCCGCAGACACCCCACAUCCCAGUCCAGAUCGUGGGGGCCCGGCAGAGCACGCUGGGAAACGGCCAGGCGAUGGCACUGGCCCGGGGCAGCUGCAGCCAGGACGGAGCCGCGGUCCUCACCGGCUCCUCCAGCCUGCUCACCAUGGUGGCCUCCAUCGCCUCCAGGGAGGGGGGGGUCGUGGGGCGCGGCGUGGGGCUCAAGGCACUUCACUCGCCCCAGGAGGCUCCCCCAUUGGCUCAGGUCUCUCAAGUGCAUCCGCUGGCCAAUCAGAACUCUGGACAGGGUCAGAAUGGACCUGUAGCUUCUAGCCCCGCCUCCUCCAAGCCCCCGACUGUUUCCGCUCCUCCCUCCUCGCUCUCUCGUUCCUCCCUCACCCUCCCCCUCCCCCUGGCGCCCGAGGAGCAGAGAGGAGCCGGUGUGACCACUAACGGAGACGCGUCAGGACGCCAGACGCCGCAGGGAAAGCAGGUGAUUGGUUCGCUAAAGAGGAAAUCAGAUUCCAAUGCAGCCAAUGACGAAGAUGGCCCCUCCCCUCCACGGAUCCCGCCUGUCAGAGACCACGCCUCUGCGCUCCCGACCAAUCCCAUCAAAGCAGGAUGUAACGCUCCUCCUCCGGCCCCCCCCUCUCCCUCCCCUGUCCUAUCUGUGUCCCGCGGGGGGAGUGGUCAGGGAGACAGAGCUCCUCCCCCUCAGGCCGUGGUCAAACCUCACGUCCUCACACACCUCAUCGAGGGCUUCGUCAUCCGGGAGGGGGCCGAGCCUUUUCCUGUGUGUGGUGCAGUGAAGGACUCGACUGGAGGGGAUUUAACCAACGACAGUCCAGACACCAACCAAUCAGAGACCGGCACCACCGCCACAGUGCUCAAGUGUGAGUACUGUAAAACCUUUGCUCCUGCCAGCCAGUUCAGAGGCACCAAAAGGUUCUGCUCCAUGACUUGUGCCAAGAGUAUGUAUUGGUUCCCCAGGUACAACGUCAGCUUCAGGCAGCACCUGUGCGUGCGGCAGGGUCACGGCCAGGGUCAGGGUCACGCUCCGGAGCAGGACCACGGCCAAGGUCACUUCUCCAACUCGGAGGAGGAGGGAGGGAUCGCCAGGCGGAGGGUUCCCCGCAGGACCAGCUCAGAGAUAGCCAGUGCCAAGAUAGCAGGGAGACCUCUACCUGUCAAGUGCCGUUCAGAGUCCAGCCAUUCAGACGAGGAGUCCAGCGGAGAGGAGGAUGAAGACGACCCCAUGUCCCUCUCGCCUGCCUCCUCGGCCUCCUGCCACCAGGCGGCGCCGCAGCCGCCCACAGACAGCUCUGCGCCCAGCUGCCUGCCCUCUGGCCCCGCCCAGUGGAGCGUGGAGGAAGUGUCGCAGUUUAUCUCCUCGCUGCAAGGGUGCGAAGACCUUGCCUCCCAGUUCCUGUCGCAGGAGAUUGACGGACAGGCUUUGCUGCUGCUGAAGGAGGAGCAUCUCAUGUCCACCAUGAACAUCAAGCUGGGCCCCGCCCUGAAGAUCUGCGCCCACAUCAACAACCUGAGAGACUGAAGUCAGAGUUUCCAUGAACCGUGUUCGAAGUCGAGCUCGGGGCAGUCCCCCCCCCCCAGCGCUUGUUCUGAGUCCAGUUCAGAUAGAGAACUGGUUCCAGAGCAGAGUCCCACAGGUGAAUGUAUGAAGUACACUCCCCCUUGAACCCAGACUGGGGCUGCAGCACUUGAGUCUGUUGUUGGUUUUGAACCCACGUUCAAAAAAUCAUGUUUUGCACAAGAAUUUUGUGAAUUCCUUCCAAAUCUGCCACGUCUGUGAUUUAAAAACGACAGAUUACAAAGUUUAUUUUGGUCCUAAAAUAAUUUAUCCGUGCAAAAUCAGUCAGAGACAAACUCUGCCAGGUUCUCUCCUUUUGCUUUUCACGUUCACACUUUCAAUUCAGAAGCAGGAACUAAGGUUUUGAAUGUAUUCUCAGUGCAGACAUUGAAAUCUACAGUUCUUGUCCCAGGACUCAUUGUUGUGUCCACAUUUGUCUAAUUUUCCAACUAAACAAGCAAACAGAUGAUUGUACAGCUACUCCAUUCAUUGUAUUAUAUUGUCCAAGAAAAGUAUUAUUUAAAAAAACAUCUGUCUUCUCUUGGCGUCAAUAAUUAAAACCAGGUUAUAUUUUUCCAUUGA